AUGCCUCAGAACGAGUAUAUUGAGCAGCACAUCAAGCAGCAUGGUCGUAGACUGGAUCACGACGAAAGGCUGCGUAAAAGAGAGGCCAGAGAGUCCCACAAAGUGUCUGAAAAGGCUCAAAAGCUGACGGGCUGGAAGGGUAAGCAGUUUGCAAAGAAACGGUACGCUGAAAAAGUGGCCUUGCGGAAGAAGAUCAAGGCGCACGAACAAUCGAAAAUCAAAGGACCAUCGAAACCUAUGGAGGACUCUGGUGAAGCUUUGCCCACUUAUUUGUUGGACAGAGAGCAGAACAACACUGCGAAGGCAAUUUCUUCUUCGAUCAAGCAAAAACGUCUCGAGAAAGCCGACAAGUUUUCUGUGCCUUUGCCUAAGGUGCGUGGUAUCAGUGAAGAAGAGAUGUUCAAAGUGGUCAAGACCGGUAAAUCUAAGAGCAAGAGCUGGAAACGUAUGAUCACUAAGCACACUUUUGUGGGAGAAGGGUUCACCAGAAGACCUGUGAAGACGGAACGGAUCAUCAGGCCCAGUGCGCUGAGACAGAAGAAAGCGAACGUUACGCACCCUGAGCUGGGCGUAACGGUGUUUCUGCCGAUACUGAGUGUGAAGAAAAACCCUCAAUCGCCUAUGUACACACAGCUGGGUGUCUUGACGAAGGGAACUGUCAUUGAGGUGAACGUUUCGGAAUUGGGUAUGGUCACCGCCGGUGGUAAAGUUGUGUGGGGUAAAUACGCCCAAAUUACCAACGAGCCCGACCGGGACGGAUGUGUCAAUGCGGUGCUUUUGGUGUAG